AUGGUCUCCACAGAAUCCCACGAGACGCGAUCUACCAAUUGCGGAUUCCUUCAUGAGUUGAUUUACAUCGCGGUCUUGGCUAUCGUUGUUUUCGGGUUGUGGAAGGGAGUGCGAGUACCGGCCGCCAUCCAAGCGCUCACUCGUCUCCAUGUAUACAUUAUGCAUCUCCUUGAAAGGCCAUCUUUCCGGUUCCUUGACCUCCCACCCGAGAUACGCAAACUCGUCUACCAUCACCAUUUCACUUUGUACCGGACAUCGUGGUACCAUAGGAAACUCCGAGAGACGCCAAUGCUUCCAGAUGCCAUCCUCAACGUCAACAGGCAGGUCUAUGAAGAGGCCUUCCACGCGCUGUACUCCGAAGUCGUUGUUGUCAUCAGAACUACCGGUACGGCGAACGUACACGGCGAUAGGAGACCUUUUGCUGGUGUCACGCGCGCAACUCCGCACGUCGUCAAACAUGUGCCCACCAUACACUUGGAGAUCCAAUGGCCUGCUUCCGGCCGGCAUGGCCGGUCGGGAAAAGACGAGGGACGUGGCCGCUCCAUCACGGCGCUGAAGACAAAUAUCAAAACGGUGUGUGCCUCGUUGGCGAAACUGCCGAAUUUGCGGACCAUUGAGAUCACGUUCCUCGCGGAGGAUUCAUCGGGUUCUUUGAGGCCGCGUGCCCCGGCGAAGUUCCGCAUCCCGGUCCUGUUGAGGCCGCUGAAACUGGUGCGGCGUGCGAACCCGGACAUUGUGGUACAGAUGCCGGAUCAUUGCCCGAUCUCGACCGCGGAGUUGGCGGAGCAGCAGCGGGAGUGUCCUUGGGAGUCUGAUUACUGGGCGGAAUUGAAUGAAGAUUGUAAAGAAUUUCGGGGAGUGUCGAUGGCUGUGGGGGGCGAACUGGGUAGGACGGAUGGAGGGUUGGAUUGGUGA